UUUAAUCCUCGUGGCGAGCGUGUGUAAAAGUGUUGCCCAACAGGUGAUUUGCUGUGAUAACAUCUAGUCUGUGCCACUAUCUGUAAACAAAACUAUACCGCAUCUCGUAAAGUGACGUAAAUAAACAUUUAGAGAGACGUUGACGAAUCGUGCCACCAUAUCUGCCGGAUUUGGUCAAUGUCAAUAGCAUUUGAUAACACGCCUUGUCCAAGCUAAACGAUGGAAGUGGUGGCAGCAACCCCUGGUACUGGUGGAGUGCCUCCUUUUCACGACCAUGACGUGCGCGAGUGGUCCAGACUAGACAGUUUGACUGGAGUCCUGGAAAGGGCUCGUUUGGAGACCGACCAUUGGACCGCCAAUACCAAUAAUUCCUGUCACAAAUACGGAAAGGUAGUAGAUUCGCGAGCGCGAACCAACGCGGACGGUGCAUUGCAACAACAGGCGAGGAGGCAACUGGAAGUGUUCCAAAGCCAGAUCCCUGGGGGUCAUCUACAAGUCAUCAAAACCCAGUCUGUCUCGAGUAGUCGGUGGAGCAACAAAUCGGCAGACUUGCAGCAACUCCCAAUCAAAGACUUUGAAAACCUCCAGCUCUCGCUAAACCCACUGGAUUUAACUUCGCAAAAAUCCAAAGCAAACGUAGGAAGAAGUGUCGGUAGGCGGCCACCUUCACGACCGCGAGGUAGAGACGAUUCCUUAAGGACCGCCCAACAGAAUUUAUAUCGCGUAUCCAGACUCUGCCAUCAAAUCCACGAAGAAACAGUCAAACAGACGAUUCAACGACAAAACGAAAUCAACGAUCAUCAAAACUUGACACGAACGAAAAGCACAAGCAGCGAAGAUUUACAUUUAGAAGAUAAAUCAUCAAAAAGUAUUGAGGAUCUUGAAGAUUUGGAGCAGUUACAAAGCUGGCGAAGAACAUCCAAGUUACGGCGGUCUCUUCAAUAUCCUAAAGAAACCAAACCGCAAACUGUUAAACCAACAGAUUUACCGGAAAACAGCGGAAGUGUGCGAAAAAUUCGCGAGGAACUUGAAAAAGGAAGACGACUGAGCACAGCUCUAAGAGGCAAUAGUGUCGAUCUUCAUGCCUUAGAUCAGAUUUUACAAACAAUUUCAAGUUCCAGUAGUAAUCAGUCGGACAAACCGGAGGAUAGCCAAGACGAAUCCGACACGAAAAAACAAAAACGUAACUCUUUUGUCACUGUUGAGACCCUUCAAGAAGUGAGAGGUCGUCUCAGACGCACGAGUUCAUCAACUGAAGAUAUUUAUAAGAUUAACAAAGAAGAAGAGACUGAUGACGGUAUAGUUACUGAAGAAAUCGAGAUGCCAGUUAGUGAAAAAUCGCGGGUUCGUUCAUACGUUUACGGUAUGGAAACAAUGAUGAACAAAAAACCCAUCUUGGGUACUGGUAGUUUAGAAUCUCGUACAAAACUUCUCAACGGUGGGACAAAUCUUCGGAAUGAAGACUGGUAUAACCGGCGCAAAUCUUACGGAUUUGAACAAGUCCACAAUCAUAACGAAACUUCAAAUCCGAUAUCACUUAAAAACAGAGGACGGGUUGAAUCUUCAACAGACAGUGGGAUUUGCAGAUCCUCUGAAAUAGUCAUCGUGCCAACAACUACAAAACCAGAAAACUGUGAUGAAAAGUCUUUCACUAGUGUUAAACAAAUCUCUUCUAUUUUUGACCAAGGUUAUAAUAAAGAUUUAAAAUCAACAACGAUCACUAUACCCAUAGUAUCGAAACCAAAUUCCAAUGUUGUCGAUUUAUGUUGGGAUGACGUACCAGAAAAAGAAAUUAAACGUCACUCAAUCGCUGUUGAUGAAUCUAAAUACGUUUCAAACCACCAUGACAAUAAAUUUAGACGAACCAGUUUAGCAAUCAACCCUGCACUGGAUGAUGUCACCGCACAGAACAGAAAAUCAAAGAAGGUUGAGUUUUGCAAAACAGAAGUACACUUUGCUGCCGAAUCUGGAAAAGUAAACAUUGUUGAAACUGAUGAAAAGCCACCACCCACCAACAAUUUUCGACGAAGGAGAAGAAAUUCCGGUCCCGUAGUAAGCGACGAUUUCGAAAGAAACGGCUUGCCCGUUUUACAUUUUGGAGAUACUUCAUACGAGAAAGUCUUACUGGGUGUGGCCGACGAGGACAAUUUUGAAACAUCAACAGAUGAAAAUAUUUAUCAAAACACGCAUUCUAGCAUUUCAUGCGGGACAGUUACUGUUAACACAACACUAAAUCCGGUGGAUCCUCAAGAAGACGAUAAAAAAGACGCUAUUGAAAAUGUGAAAGGCAUCUUAAAAAACAAACCGAUCAAGCCCACUCCGUACCACCUCGGCGAGGAUCACUUUUUGAAUAGCAAUUCCGACAGUGACAGUGGCAAAUGGGGAGUUCGACUCAAGCCGGUUCAAAAGAGUGAUCCUCCAUAUUGGAAAUCAACAGUUACGUUGCAUAAUACGGUUUUUGCUCAGGAUGAACAACCUGAAUUUCAAAAGCUGUUAAGGAAUUUGAGACCAGCCAGUGGGAACAAACCGGAUCUACUGUCCAAUCAAAGAAAUUCCGAAAAUUUUUCGAGUGUAAAAUUCGUCACGAGCACAGAUAAUCGAAGACCAUGGUCUGUUGCUGAUAGAGUUAAAUUAAGUGAAGACAGUCAAUGGGCAGAAAAUAAGGUUUAUUCUACCAAGGUCAAUUUUGGUGAUGGUGGAACAGCCGUUGUGGAAAAUGAUCAGUUUAAACAAAAAGAACUAAACACGUUGUGGAGUAAAAAGGAGAACUCUACUAAAGACUCGGAAAGAAUUUUAAACAAAGGACUUGUGGUUAGAAUAGGAAGAGACGACACAUCUAAACAUACAGUCUGUUCCAAAACAACUUCUCAGGAUUCAAGCACAACCACCACGACGAAAAUUACUAUAGACCUAAGCCCAUCCCCUACUAACAUAAAAAAGUCCCCUCUACUUUCUCAAACCAAACGAUCUCACUGUUUCAAGUCUACCUCUUUAGUCCUAGACACUAUUAAAAACGACUGUAAUAAAGUAAACCACAUUAAUAUUCCCCAACAACUCGAAGCACUGAAGAAGCUGUAUGAAGACGUACAAAGUGAUAGUGACGCGGACAAGGAAGUUCAAGUUUUGAUGGGAAGAAUGAACGAAAGGGAUCUCGAACACGACAAAGACGAAAAUACGAGCGAAAUCUCCGGAAGUUGGAGUAAAAUGAGGGCUUGCAGAAUGCUUAACGAACACAUUAACAAGACAAACGUAACUCGGGAAUUUCCAAGUGCUAGAAUAAGUGCAAAAGUAGAAAAAGACGAUUUAAUUGGAAGUGCCAAGCAAAAAUUUGGAAUUGGAGACAGUUUGUCAAACGAACCCUCAUCAAAAACUUACCGAAUUAAAUCUAAAGAUAACAAAUAUUCUCCAGUUGCUAUUCGUAAGAAUAGUUCUCUUGCGAAACGAACUGAUUUGAAAAGUGCAACAAAUGAAUUAUCAAGUCCAUCAUUAGUCGGUCGCAGUUCAAAGUUAGAUCUUCGCACAGACAAAUACGAAUAUAAAGUAGAAAACAAAGAAUUUGCAAAUGUUACAGAUACAAAACUUCAUCAAAAACACUCUUCUAACGACAUAGUACUAAGACAACCUAAAAGAUCUGAAAUGACUUAUUUCGGAGUGAGGGUUUCGCCGCAAUCAUUGAAAAAAAGCCAAGAAUCUGUGAUACAUAGGGAAACAAAAUUGUCUGAAAAACCUGAUCUCUUACAACACAUGAAAACUGAUAGUCCUAAAAGUAGAACUAGAUCACCGGAAAGAAGUCAACCCAUCUAUGAAAAUGUUGUUGCAAAAAACAAAUCCCGUGUUGGAAAAGAGUUUGAUAGUAACAUACUUGAAGAACUAACAAAAGCAGCCGAUCAAAUUUUAUUAGCUGUUAAUGGAUUCACUGAUGACGAUUCACAUGAAAACACCUUUAAGGAGCCUUUAGCUACAAUAACUGAGAGCAAAUCAUGGAGCCAGGAUAAGAAAAUUAAAACACCAAGCAAACAAUCUAACAUUAAAACAAAACUAAAACACACAUCAUCUACUUCUUCGGUUGAAAGUUUAUCAAGAGGCCGAAAACCGCAACAGAUACGCCCAGUUCCAAUCAGAAAGAAAAACGCAGUUAAUGAACCCACCACUAGAGCUACAACAAAAGCUCGACGAUUACAAAGGGCCAGUAGUAGAGAAGCUUUACUGCAGUCGCAUGGUAGUUCAUCUGAAGAUUUAGGAGCGAAUGUCGAAAUUCCUCAACGUAAACCUAGACAAAUUAGAAAAACUAAACAAACGCAAUUAACUGUUAGCAAUGGCAUAGAAAUGAGUAAAAAAUCAACGCCUCCUAACCCACCUAGGCGUAAAACAAAAACAGACGAAAAGGUGGAACCCGUGACGGAAAUUCGCCAUAAAACGGCAGUGUCGACCAUUAGAAGUACUGCGGAAAAGUCUAGUCGCGACAGAAGCAGAAGCAGAACUGAAGAAGUAAAAAAGAGAGUACCACCAACAACAACAAAAAAAGAAACUAUCAAGGGAGCAUCUUAUAAAAGUGAACCGAAGAAGGGAGCUUCAACCCGUGAGAUCUCAAACCAUCGAAUUUCUACAGCGUAUGUACCUGUUUGUAGACCUAGAAGUCGAAAUGUACACACUGAACAACCUGACGAGUGUCCAUGUUUAUGUUCUUGACAAUUAGAACUACGCUAGGAAUAUAAAAAAGUGCCACCGAGCAGAGGAAAAACCAAGAAAUUCCGAGCUACUUAAAGGAUGAAUCCAGUAAAUCGUCUGCUUUCUCUUAUAGUUAGUUCAGUAUAUUAUUUAAAUUUAGUAUACGAAUAUGAGUGUAAUAUUCCUGCCGUAUUAGCAUGUAAGUUCCUAAACGUUAGGUUUAAAACAUUUCGAUGUUUUCAAUUAAUUUACUUUAAUGGCAAAGACAAUCGUUUUGACUUUGCGUUUAAUAACAUGUGAGUUUUGCUUACUUUAUACUUAACAUGUAUUAUUUAAUACAUUUGUAAUUUAUUUUUAACUUUCUGAAAUAAUUGUGAUCUUAAACUGCUUUGGUUUUGUGAUGUUUUAUUAAUUAAAUGAUUAUUAAUUAUG